AACGAAAACAAUUUGUGUCUCCAUUUUUUAUAUUUAAUAAAUUACUUAUUUGUGCAUACUUAAUAAUAUCACUUGUUUUGAAUUUUAGAGACAUACAGAAUUACUGGAGAGAUAAUGGAACCAUCUUUGUUGACUAAAGAAGGUGACUGGACAUGUUUAGUUUGCGAUAAGCAAUACCCUUGCUUUCUAGAACUAGAACUGCAUAUACAAUUACACUUCACAGAAAAAAAUGUUCGUACUGCAAAGGAUAAACCAACAUCCAAGUGUGAUAUCUGCCAGCAGUAUUACUAUUCAGAAGACGCGCUGAACCACCAUAUAAAUGUCAUUCACGAAACAAAUUUGGCUGAACUAAUGCUUUUGAAAGAUAAGCGCCAAGAGAAAAAUUGGUUAAAUUCAGAUGAACAACAAACACCAAGAUCCUUUUAUUGUAAAGAAUGCAAGAAAAUUUGUAAUCUUGUGUUACACUUAAGAAAAAAUAUAGUGGCAGGUCCUGUGGAUUAUUUUGAUUAGUUUGCAGUUUUUAAACAUUGGCCACUGUAUGAAAAUUUUUAUAUAAUUACUAUUUCAAUACUUAUUAAAAUUGUAUUGUUAUGUAUUAAAUGAUUCAUUUAACUGUUUAACUAGUAAAAAAAAAAUGUUUGAUGUUUUAUUUACCUGUGUCCAACACAACAAUAUAGGCAUGUAGAUGUUCUGGACGAUUUAUUAUAAGCUGAAAACUGAGUAUUGCAAGUUGUAUAAUAAAGUUGUCUAUAAUAACAAAAACUUUUAAUAAUAUAUUAAUAUGCCAAUUAUAGAGAGCGAUAUGGGCUGAUUUGAUGGAUUUCGACAUCGCAAAUAAAUUAGAAAAAAUUAUCAAAAUUUUAAAAGCCAACAAAUUUUGAGAGUAUCAUUUAUAUAAUAUAUAAUUAUAUAAUUUUAGAUAUUUUAUUUCAGGGUAUCAAAGUUAUUGCUAGUAAAAUCAAAACAGAUAUUACAAAUUUGACAAUAAUAUCUUUAAAAAUGACAAUAUUACAAAGACUGAAUACACGAAUAGGCUUUCUCAAUCAAAAAGUGAAAUUUCUAAACCAUUUGAUAUAAAAACUCUAGAGUAUAAUUUGAUUUAUUCAUUUGCUUUUUUAAAAAUAAAUUUGAUUACUUUUGUUAUAGAAUCAUCCAUCCUUCCAUCAAUAAUACAAAAGGGAUUACAUUAUAUCAUUCAAUAAUUGAAGAACAAACCAGUUCUAAAGAUUCUCAAACAACUGAAGAAUUAUAUGAAACUGCAGUUGACAAAACUCAAAGACAGUCUCUUGAAAAUAAAAUUUUAGAAUUAUAUCAUUCUACUGUAUCAUCAAGGUGGAACUUUGUAUUUAACUGUCCUUAGAAAUCACCUCAUGUGUUAACAAUACAAUAGAUAUUUUUUUUAUAAAAAAAAAUAUUAUAAUAAUUGUAAUGUAUAUCUGCAGUUUGAAAGGCAUUCUUAUUGUACAUAGUUUUUAUGUGCUUUCUAAAUAUUUUAAUAGCAUUUUUCAAGUUUGCAUUAGGUCUUACCCACCAAUAAAGUAUAUGAGCUUUUACCAAUAUUAUG